AUGGAUCAAAUAAUGACGAUGUUAAUCCGACUGCAGCUACAAGAAAUAAACAUAAAAACAGUAAUUGUGGGUCUACACGUCACUCAGAUUUGGAAAAUAAAGCAAUUGAAGAUGAUGAAGCAAUUCGUGAAGAAGAAUCAUUUAAUGCGACGAAUGACCAAGAUGUUGCAAUUUAAACUUCCAGAGAAGCAAUAUAUUUUGUCUUUGGACAGCUUAGAUUUAAACUUCUUGAGCCAAUAUGUACAAAAGCCCAGUGAUGUAGAGAGGGUAUUGUGGUCAAAGUCUGUAGAGCCAGAUCAAGCAUUUUACCAGGUUGAAAUAGUUUCUGAAGAGCGGCAAGAUGAUGAUCCAUUCAUUGAAUCAUAUGAAAGUUUUUCAUGUUACAUUUGUAACAUAGAUGUCCCAAAAAUAUAUUAUAAACAACAUAACAAAAGUGCAAGACAUCAGAAUUAUAAAAAGUUAGUUGAGAAAGUCUUAGAGAAUGUUAAAACACAAAUAAAUAUUGACAUAGAUAAUAUUCCUAAUAACCAGGAAUAUGAUAUGUUCUAUUGUGAAACUUGCUGUAAAGUUGUAGCACGGAACAAUAAGCAAAACCAUAAUAAAUCAAACUACCACAUACAAUCUAUUGAAAAUGAACAACUUACUUCAAAAUUCAUUGAGACGUAUAUUAACAACAAGAAGACUGAAGAUGAUAUUGAAUCUGUAAUUAAUUAUGAGCAUGACUUAGAUUCAGAAUUCAGUAGUCCUUCCAACUCAGACUGGUGUGAUACCAAUAACUUUAUAAAAAAUUGCAAAAAUAAUAAUGUUCUAAAUAAAAGCAAUAAUUGUAAUGGAAUUGACGAAGUAGAAAAAUUUCAAAAGUACUUAAAAGAAAUGAUUGCAAAAUAUAACUUAGAUGUCAAGUUACCAUCUAUGGAAGGUAAUUCAGUGGUUAUUGUUACUCCUAAAGGAUAUAAGGAAAAGAUCACAACAGACGCUUUUCAUAGUUAUAAAAAGAUGAAUGGCUUUGCGUUUUGUCUAUCAUGUCAAAAGUGGGUAUCAGAAAAUAUCUCAGAACACAGUGCCUCUGAGGAACACGUCAGAAAUAUUUUUCAACCAGUAAAUGACAACUUUGCAAGAGAAGUGGUUAACGACAAGCAAUAUAGUCACUGCCUCAUAUGCAAUGAAAGGGUAUUAACAACAUCAAAUCAUGUCAAUGUUAGAAUAAAACACCAAAAAUAUUUAGAACCAAGUGUGCCGAAGAGUAACGAAUGUGAGAGGGGCCCGGAAUCUAUUUCAGAUAUGAAAAGCAGUUCAAUUUCUAAUGAAAAACCAAGUGAAAGUAAUUUAUCUAAAAGUGUUAUUGAUUCUUUCUUACCUCGUAAUACGGAUGUAGGAACAGUGGAAGAGAAAUUGAACGAAUAUAGAAAACAAUUUUCCAUCAUAAAUGCAACUCAACUAAAAUGCUUAGUUUGCCCCAACUCUAUUGUGCCUUAUGACGAUAAUAAUAUUAUCACACAUGUAAAAGGUAGACCCCAUAGACAAGUAUGGGCUAAGUUAUUCCUUAAAAAUAGUUUAAAGAAGAUAUCCUUGUCAGAGUAUUAUUGCAAUUUGUGCAAUCAAUUUACUGACGACUUUCUUAAUCACAUCAAAUCGCACGAUAAGAAUAACAAAUGUGACAAGAGCCCGGAAUUAUUUGCAGAUAUGAAUAGUAGUUCAAUUUCAAAGGAAGAACCAAGUGAGAGUAAUUUAUCUAAAAGUGUUAUUGAUUCUUUCUUACCUCGAAAUACGGAUGUUGGAACAGUGGAAAAGAAAUUGAACGAAUAUAGAAAACAAUUUUCCAUUAAAAAAGCAACUCAACUAAAAUGCUUAGUUUGCCCUAACUCUAUUGUGCCUUAUGUUGAUAAUAAUAUUAUCACACAUGUAGAGGGUAGACCCCAUAGACAAGUAUGUGCUAAGUUAUUCCUUAAAAAUAGUUUAAAGAAGAUAUCCUUGUCAGAGUAUUAUUGCAAUUCGUGCAAUCAAUUUAUUGACGACUUUCUUAUUCACAUCAAAUCGCACGAUAAGAAUAACGAAUGUGACAAGAGCCCGGCAUCAUUUAUAGAUAUGAAUAGCAGUUCAAGUUCAAAGGAAGAACCGAGUGAGAGUAAUUUAUCUAAAAGUGUUAUUGAUUCUAUCUUACCUCGUAAUACGGAUGUAGGAACAGUGGAAGAGAAAUUGAACGAAUAUAGAAAACAAUUUUCCAUUAUAAAUGCAACUGAACUAAAAUGCUUAGUUUGCCCUAACUCUAUUGUGCCCUAUGUUGAUAAUAAUAUUAUCACACAUGUAGAGGGUAGAUCCCAUAGACAAGUAUGUGCUAAGUUAUUCCUUAAAAAUAGUUUAAGGAAGAUAUCCUUGUCAGAGUAUUAUUGCAAUUCGUGCAAUCAACUUAUUGACGACUUUCUUAUUCACAUCAAAUCACACGUAAAACAUAAACCUAUACCAAUAAAACAUAUAGAUGAUAGUAAAAAACAAUUUAAAAAGUAUGUCUAUGAGGAUCCAUUAAAUUUGAAUCCUAUAGCGAUUGAAUGUAGAAAAAAGUAUAAACUUCAGCUUCAACAAAACCAAAUCGUACCGACAUCAGACAAGUGUUUUAACUGUAAAUUAUGUUUGAUAACGAUGUCGAGGAUUAGUGAAAUUGAUCAUAUGUUUGGUGAACGGCACAGGCUUGCUAUGUCUUUGGCUUCGAAUACCAGCUACUAA